AUAGCACUGGUCGGCACUUACACAAGCCCUAAAGCCCUGACUGUAGCACCUCUCUUCAUGAUGAAUCUAAUUCCUAUGGUUGCUUAUGGAGCUGCUACUUCUGUCCUGUCAAGAAAACAGAAUUUUCCCUCAUUCCUACGUACAGUGCAUCCCAGUCAAAAUGUCAUGGAAGUGAUUGUUAAGCUUGUGCAGUACUUUAAUUGGCGCUGGGUUUCUUUCCUUUACAUUGAUGAUGACUAUGGCAAAGAUGGCCAGGACUUGUUCAUUAAGAGGAUUAAGGACACUGAGAUCUGCCUUGCAUACACCAAAAGCCUGAAUCAAUUUACAGAUCACUCUCAAAUAUUCAAACAGACAGAGGCACAUAAGAUAGGUGUCAUAAUUGUUUUUGCUCCUGAAUGGACUGCUGAGGCUCUAAUUGAGGCAGCAAUAAAACUAAAUGUCACCAACAAAGUGUGGAUUGCUGGAGAUGGAUGGUCCUUAAACAAGAAGCUCCCCAAGAAAAAAGGCAUCAGAAACAUUGGAACUGUACUCGGGGUGUCUCAACCAAGAAUGACAAUACCUGGUUUCACUGAUUUCAUUCAUUCUUCCAGAAGCCAAACUCAUUGUGAAAAGGCAGAACAAAACAUGCUUUGUAAUCAGGUUUACAACUGCAGCAGCCUGAGUGCAAAAGAU